AUGGCAGAAUUGGAAAAUCAGGUGAAAGAUAUGAAGAGAACGCUUUUCAAAAAAGAUGAAGAAAUAAAUGAGCUAAGACAAUUAAAUGAUAGUUUUUUUAACAAACUCGAUGAACUUGAUAAAAUCUUAUCCAAAACUAUAUGGAUGCCUGAAUAA